CUCAACCUCGAGUCGCAAAUCAUCGUCGCAUUGCGUUGCAUUCGUUUCGCAUGUGACUUGAUAAGGAUUGUGAAAAUAACAUCAAAUUUUCAGACUCUAUCCUCUUCGAGCUUCGAGACGUCCUCGGUUGUGAACACUUGUACAGCCCCAGAAGGUUGCGGUUGGAUAUCAAAAAGUUCCAUAUACUGCUGUUGAAACACCAGGCCUGUACAAAAUGACCAUGUCACUCCCUCCAGAUCUUCAGGUUCUCUGCCGGCGUCUGGCCUCAACAGAGCCUGACGACCUUCCACGCCUAUGUCCAUCUUUGGCCAGACAGAUUCAGCGCUGUGGAGGAGUGCUCUCUCAGCCGUCAGACCAGAAGCCGAAAGAAGGUGCCUCAGAAUCAUCCAUCCUCGUACACAAGUUCAGGACACAGAUCACAACACUGCUGAACAAUGGCAGAAGCCUGUCUGGACGCUUCUCUGCCGCAAUUCUAAUCAAGAGCAUCAUCGAUGCUGGUGGGUGGGAAUGCCUUCGGACAUCAGAGCCCUGGGUCCGAGGACUUCUGACCAUUCUGCAGAAAAAUGACCCAUAUCAGUCAAAAGAGAUUGCGGUUAUCACUUUGACGAGAAUUUAUACAUUACUGCACGAGUAUCAGGCACUGGUCAGGGAGAUAGCUACUCCCACUCUCCGCGACUUUGUCACCGCGUGUCUGCAGAUUCUCAAGUCACCGGCAUCUUCUAAAGCCGGACAACCACCAGUACGACUGGUGGAGACUAUAGCCAACGCCCUCUGCGCCAUCACCCCCCUUUACCCUACGACCUUGCGCCCAUUCAGCGCCCAAGUCAAGGCAGCUUUCAGACCGUACUUGGCUCCCACCGCAUCAGACAAGCUGACAGCCCCUCAAGGCCUGCGGGUUGCGUCCCGGCAACUUGUUGUCAUUCAGCAUCACACCACUCCAAAGAACGGGAACGCGGAAGAGUGGAUCAAGGCCGUUUCAGGCUUCCUUAAUGCCAGCCACGCCACCGCAGAUCAGGUAUUCCGUGCUGUCCAGGAGUCAUGGGAAUCGAACAGUGGCUACACCCGGAAAGCCGUCGACUACGACGAGGACCCGCAAGGUGGCAGUGAUUCUGCCGAGGAUUUCCCCCCGUGGAUGGGCGUCUCCAGCGGAGGGGAACGGCUUGUAGGGCUCUUGGAGACUAUUGCGGAAUCAUUGAGGUGUCCCACAAAGACACCUGUCGCUUUGCCCGUCUCUUCGUUCCUCGACUUGACGGCGCGAAUUUCCAUGGUGCUUCCCCCAAAGAAGGGGUCACGAGGACAAGACGAAACCCAGCUCAACUCGGCAAUCGGCAGAGAAGAGAAGGACGAGCUGUGGAGCGCCCUCCCGGACAUCCAUGUUGCCACUCUCGACCUACUCACAGCCCUGUUACAAAGACUCGAGGAGGGCACUGUUCCCAUCGCAGCAGACGUUCUCCUACAAGCCGUGCGAAUCAUCGACGCAAGUCAGCAGAUCCCACUGGUGCGGGAGCGAGGAUAUAUCCUCCUCAGACUGCUCCUGCUCGCCUACGGACCCACCAUGCCAAAGUUCAGCGUCAACUCUCUCGACCGCAUCAUCCAGGGCUGCUGCCGGGACCUGCUACAAGCGUCAGGCCACGCCGCGACCAAGCCGCCCGCAGGAAACGACGCCCAGAAGCAGGCCGGCAGCAGCAAGCCCUCACAGGCAAAGGCAUCCACCAACGCAGACGCCUACCUCAGCACGCAGGACAAGGCGAGCGCGGCCGCCUCCGACCUGCCCGCGGCCCACGUCGAGGCGGCGUCGGCGCUGCUCGCGACGCUGCUGUCCCACCUGCCCCAGCGGCACCUGAAGCAGACCCUGCGGGCGCUGGUCGACCGCACGGCGGUCCUCUCGCACGACCGGGACGCGCUGGUCGCCAGCGUCCUGAACCCGUACCGGACGCACACGGGCAAGGCGCUGGCGAGCGUGUUCCCGUUCCUGGCGAGGGACUUCCCGCGCGACCAGGCCGUCGAGGUGCUUAGGUCCAACCUGCGCACUGGGUCUGGGCCCCCCGCCGUCGGUGUCGAAGGUGCGGAUGACGAGGCGGUGCUCGCGCAAAUGCAGGGCGGGAUUGCGGAGCAGGAGGAGGAGGAGGUGGAUGGCGCGUCGGCUGGUGAGAAGCAAGGGUGGGGGAACGGCUGGACCGGUGGCAAGGCCGAGGAUGAGGAGAUGGCUGAUGCUGCUCCUGCCCCGCCGGCGGGCUUCGACCUCGGCUCCAGGGCGGGCGCCGCGGCCGUCACUACGACCGAGACCACCACGGUGAUAUCCGAGACCGCCCCCGGUGUGUCCAAGCAGACGGCCAUGCUGUCGUCCACGCUAAAACGCAAGAGUGAGGAGUUAGAGGAGCCCCCUGCGAAGCGUGUCGAUACGGGCAAGGCCCCCGAGGUGUUUGGCGGGUCAGCUGGUGCUGAGGCCAAGAUGGAUGUUGAUGAGGCUGGGGAUGAUGAGAGCGACAGCGACAGUGACGGUAGUGUGCAUCUCAAUGCAGCUCUGGACGACGAUUCAGAUGACGGCGAGGAAGAGUAGCUUAGAAUCGAGAUCGUUGAGAAUUCGCACAUUAGCUGCCGCAUACCAAAAUCAAUUGGUGGUCGAGGUCAUCAUUCGCAUCUCCGGCUGGCCCCCCGCCCAAGUGAAAAUUCUUGGCUGUUGCCGUCUUUCUCAAAUGAUGAUCACCAUAGCAAAACCGGGUGUCAUUCAACCAAAUCUUGCCGGAAAUCAGUAUCAUCAUGUCGACAUUGUAUAUGAUUAAAUAAGAAAAAGGCUAGAAUGCAGUUCCAGCAUGGAGAGAAUUGGGGGUAUAAGAAGGCCUGGCAAUAUCCCGCCAGGUUAUGCUGACGGGGUCCUGUUGACCAAAACCAGCCAACCAUUUCCAUAACCAAACCAACAAUGGCCCCUCUAUGUGUGUCCCCAGCGGACCUGCCUUGAUUCUCCAAGCGGUCCCGGGGGUUUGUCCGAACGCCGUAAAAAUGCACGCGAGAGCUUCUCAAAAUCCUCUGUCCGGGAUAUGGAGGGCAGACGGGCUGGGACGGUGACUAGUCCCUCAGCCACGCCCUCCUCUUCUCCUCCUUCCUGGCCUUCCGCUUCUCCUUCCACUGCGCCAGCUCCUUCUUGGUGGGCUGCUUGCCCCUCCUCUCGGCCUUGAGGCUGCGCCCGUCGUGCGAGUUGGCCGCGCGGUCGACGUCAAAGUACGCGUUCAUCUGCCGGUGCGACUUGGCCGCGUCCGAGAAGUGGUCCGGGUUCAUGUCCGCCGCCUGCACCCGCCCCGUCCGGCUGUUGAACGCCGCCGCCUGCGCGUAGGCGUCCCCUCCGUCUAGCCCUGGCUCCCCUCCUGCACCGCCUGCUGCUACGACCGCCGCGUACUGCGCGGCAGUCGUGGCGUCCUCGUCCCCUGCGUCGGCUUGUUUGUAGGCCUGCGCAUACGGCGCGUUUGGGUCCCACGACCCGUGGAUCGCGGGGUUGUACCCUCCUGCUACCGAGGUGGGCUGUGAUAUCGUUGCUGCCGCGGCUGAGGACGAUGAUGGCUCGCCAGGGGCCGCCGCUGUCUGGACCCUUGGGUUGUCCCACUGUGACAGCCCCGUGAACCGGUUGUAGAAGUACCACGCCUGCCUCGCGGCGUCCCACAUCGCAUCCCAGCCGUCAUCUUCUGGAGGGGGUGCCUCGUCUGGUAGGGGAGGCGCAUCACCGUCGCUUGCGCUGCCGCCAGCUUGCCCGUGUGUGGAGCUCUGGCCGGGUAUUGGCUCGUCUGGUAAUGGCGGUGCGUCGCUGUGUUCUGUCCCCGGGCCUGAUUCCCGAGGUGGUGUGUCGUCUGAAUCGCUUCUGCCGUGGCCGUUGCGUGGUGGGGUUUCGCCCUCGCUGGCCUCUCCUUCUUCGGAGUGCUCAUCAGACUGCGGCGCCGCUGCCACGGGCGGCGCCUCGUCCUUGGCAGGGCCCGUUUCGCUGUCCGAAGGCAUUGGAUGCUAUGCUGGGUGUCCGGCCUUGUCGGUGGUAGAUUAUGGGAAUCGGUAAUUGGCUACUGGUGGCUGCUGGCUGAUGUUAGUGUGCAUAUCAGGACCAGCCUGGGUAUUUACGUGCAUCAUCGGGUCUGACAACUUGAAUUGUUGUAGGUGAGGAGAAAAGUUGGCGACGUCAAGGCCGAGGCUGCGGUAUU